ACUUGAUCGAGAAAUGAGGACUGGACAAGAAAGUGGCUCACGACUAUAAAACCAACUCACACAUCCACCAUAACGCAUAUCUAAACAAUCCCCAUUGAUCACUGUCCGGCGCAGCGAGCAUCAUACAUUCUGGAGUCAUGUCCACAUUCGACAAUCUCAUUCAGGACUUGACUCGCGACGUAUGCAGAGUGCAACCCAAAGACGCUCUCCAGUUCUGCGCUAACUGGUUUCAGUCUCGGCUGGAAGAACAGCGGACGCGAACACGAGACGCGCUGCACCAACGUGGUCUUUCCACAGUUCAUGAAUUACCAUCCGAGUUCUAUUUGGACUCCCCUGUUAAUGUCGGCCCUCGUAACUCUACACCCACCCCCAUUUCUCCAUUCUCUCAGGUACCUCAGCGUCGUGCAUCCUCGCUCCAUUCAGGUUUCUCGCACAGUCCGUUUGGGACUCUCAAUGUGCCAGGAAAUGCUCUUCUGUCCUUAGACACAAACGGGGCGCCCAAUGGCAUGCUUGCUCCGACGUUCACCCUUGAUGGACGUGAACUGCCCCCAACCUCACCACUAACCGCUGAUCCCAACGCAUUCGCACGGUAUGAUGUGUCUUCAACGCCGACCAUGUCUAAUUCGCUCUCUCUGGGCCUGGGGGAUUACCUCCAUGCACCAUCAUCAACCAUUCUGGCACGUCGUGUGUCCGUCAGUGCUGAGCCUAUCGCAGUAGACAGUGGUCAUGACGACCCACUCCCCGUAUAUCCCAAGACAGCCGACCAACUUCGCCGUAUAAAGUCAUCCAUUGCAGAUAAUUUUAUUUUCCGUGAUCUUGACGAGGAGCAGGAGACUGGCGUGCUCAAUGCAAUGCAAGAGAGUCAUGUCCCCACAGACCAUGUGAUUAUUCGGCAGGGAGAUGUAGGAGAAUACUUCUACGUCGUCGAAUCAGGACUUUUCUACUGCUACAUCCAUCCUGGACCACUACCGCCGACAUGGCUAGCGGAUACGGCAAACCAUUCCUCGCAGCCCGAAAAAUUCCUCCAGCCAGGAUAUCAUCCCGUCUUUGGUCGGAGAGUUUCAGAAUGCAAGCCUGGAACUUCUUUCGGCGAGCUUGCGCUAAUGUAUGGACAUCCACGUGCGGCGACCGUGCAGGCAAUUGAGCCCUCCACUGUCUGGGCUCUUGACCGCACCACUUUCCGCACAAUCAUUCUGAAAGCAGCUCACAGGCGCAGGACGAUGUAUGAGCAUUUCCUCUCCAGUGUUCCUCUCUUGUCCUCCCUUGAACCAGGAGAGCGUAGUAAAAUCGCAGACGCAUUGGUCAGCAAAGUACACCCCGAUGGAGAGGCGGUUCUUCGGCAGGGAGAGAUGGGAGACACAUUCUUUUUCGUAGAGGAGGGGGAGGCUAUUGUUACCAAGACGCAACAAGGAGAGGAGGGUGAGUACCGCGAGAUUACAGUGGGCCGGCUGAAAAAGGGUGACUAUUUCGGCGAGUUAUCUUUGCUCCGACUUGAGCCUAGGGCGGCGACGGUGAGCGCAGUGCACCGGGCGGAUCCGUCGCAGUCCAAGUUGAAGGUGGCGGCAUUGGACACGGAUGCAUUCACGCGACUUCUUGGACCUCUUCGAGAGAUCAUGGAGAGGAAAGCUGGAGAGAGUUAUGGACUUUCUUCCAGAUUAAAUCAUUGAUGAGAGAGUUUUUGAUGUAUUCUUUUUUGACUUUAUAUACCCCCCGUGUCUUAUAGUGAAAAUAUUGUAUCCUCAGAAUCAGACAAUUAACUUUGACCUCGGGUUGUAUUCAACGUA